CUAAAUCAGCACAAACACCACCAUUUCUCGCUAAUAAACAUAAUAAGUAAUAAGCUCCGUCCUGGUUUCGAGUUCUUAUAAUGCAGUAGAUCAGUAUCAUCCCAAGUAGAUUCUACCACAAAGAAAUAAGGUAAUUUAACAGAGAUCAGACAGCAAACCAGGGGGAAAAAAAAGGGUUAAAAAAUGGCUGGAGGAGGCUACGUCCCCGACGACGGAGUGAAGCAUUUCGAAGGGCGAAUCACCGGCUUCUUGCUCAUCACCUGCAUAGUGGCAACAUGUGGAGGUCUCAUCUUCGGAUAUGACAUUGGGAUUUCUGGAGGGGUGACCUCCAUGGAUUCGUUCUUGAGCAAGUUCUUCCCUUCCGUGUACAAGAAGGAAAAAGAAGGACACCACGAGAGCAUGUACUGCAAAUUCGACAGCCAUCUCCUCACAUUGUUCACCUCUUCUCUGUACCUCGCGGCGCUGAUCGCCUCGGCCUUCGCUGCCUAUGUUACGAAAUCUUUUGGCCGAAAGAUCUCGAUGCUCUUCGGAGGCGUGGUGUUCCUCGCGGGGUCGAUCAUCAACGGGGCAGCAGUAGACGUGGCGAUGCUCAUCGUCGGCCGCUUGCUGCUCGGAGUUGGGGUCGGGUUCGCCAACCAGUCGGUCCCGCUGUAUCUCUCCGAGAUGGCGCCUUCCCAUCUCAGGGGAGCGCUCAACAUUGGGUUCCAGAUGGCGAUCACGAUCGGGAUCUUGGUCGCCGGUCUGAUCAAUUUCGCGUUUGCUUCCCAGGUAUGGGGAUGGAGAGCCUCUUUGGGACUUGCUGCCGUCCCUGCCAUCAUGAUUGCCGUGGGAUCCAUCUUCCUACCGGACACCCCGAACUCGAUCCUGGCUCGAGGCAACCCCGAGAAGGCAAGGGAGAUGUUGAAGAAGAUCCGCGGUACAGAGCAGGUGGAUGCGGAGUUCCAGGACCUCGUCGACGCGACCCAUGCUGCGGAGAGAGUGGAUAACUCGUGGAAGACCAUCUUGAAGCCGCAGUACAGACCUCAUCUAGCUAUUUGCUUCCUCGUCCCAUUCUUCCAGCAGCUCACUGGGAUCAAUGUGAUCAUGUUCUACGCGCCGGUCCUGUUCAAGACUCUGGGAUUCGGCGACGAUGCUUCCCUCAUGUCGGCUGUCAUCACUGGCCUCGUCAAUGUCUUCGCCACGUUCCUCUCGAUCUUGGCGGUGGACAGGUUGGGGAGGAGGAUUCUGUUCCUGGAAGGCGGCAUCCAAAUGAUUAUUAGCCAGGUGCUUGUUGCGGUGAUGAUCGCCAAGGCAUUUGGGACAGCAGGAGUUGGGGAGCUAACGAAAGGUGAAUCGAUGCUUGUGCUCAUCUUUAUCUGCUUCUACGUGGCGGCAUUCGCGUGGUCGUGGGGGCCGUUGGGGUGGCUGGUGCCGAGCGAGAUCUGCCCGCUGGAGAUCCGAUCGGCGGGGCAAGCCAUCAAUGUUGCUGUGAACAUGGCCUUCACGUUCAUCAUCGGCCAGUUCUUCCUCACCAUGCUCUGCCACAUGAAGUACGGGCUUUUCCUCUUCUUCGCCGCCUGGGUGGUGGUGAUGACACUCUUCAUCUUCUUCUUCCUGCCAGAGACCAAGAACGUCCCCAUUGAAGAGAUGAACAAUGUGUGGAAGAAGCACUGGUUCUGGGGAAAGUAUAUCCCAGAUGACGCCGUGGUUGGCACAGCCAGCAAAACCAAGAUCAAGGACAUGGAGGAUUGAAGAUGAAGCACGUAGGAUUUCAGUGUUUUCUGAGGGGGAUCAGGGCUUUGUUUUUUUUCUUUUUUUAAUAAGGACAGAAAAUAGUGAAAUGCUCAAGAAAAAAGGACCAUCGAGGUAAGGCAGGAGUAGAGUUUGUAGGCGACAGUAGUUUUAGUUUGGGAGCUACUUGUUGCUUGAGCAAUAACCCCUGAAUUCUGUUUGGGGGAUUCUGGAAAGCUGAGUUCCUUUCCUUUCUCAACAAAGACCAAGCAAGCACUAGUUUGUCACUCUGUCUCUGUCUCUGUCUCUCUCUGUUCCGCCAUAGACACUACAUUUCAACUUGAAAGAAAACCUCCUCAGGAAA